GCCGCAAGAGAAAACGUGUGAAGAGAGAGUAGAAUCCACGUGAGAGCAUGGCAGCGGUUCAGGAGCUGGAGAUCCAACUGGCCCAGAGGUUAGCCUCCAAUGAGAAGACCGUCCGAAUCAAAGCGAUGAAGAAACUACGGAAAUACAUCAGCGCUCGUUCACUUAAAGCCGCAGGCGGAUUCACAGGAGGUGAACUUCUCAAGUUGUGGAAGGGCCUCUUCUACUGCCUGUGGAUGCAGGACAAAGCUCUGCUACAGGAGGAGCUGUCCAGUCAGAUCUCUAGCCUCAUUCACAACUUCCAUGAUCUGGAUAAACAGCUCAUGUACCUGGAGAGCUUCUUGCAGACGCUGAAACGAGAGUGGACUGGGAUCGAUCGGCUGCGGAUGGACAAGUUCUACCAGCUGGUUCGAUUUGUGUUCCGACAAUCGUUUGACGUCCUAAGAAGGAGAAACUGGGAAAGCAGUGCGAUUGGGAAGUUUUUGGAACUGCUGAAGUGUCAUCUCCUGCAAAAUGACAGCGAGACGCCCUCUGGAUUGCUGUUACACAUCUUGGACCUUUACAUGACAGAACUAGCUGCUGUUGGUGCUGGAGAGCUCACUGCUGAUCAGAACCUGAUUUUUAUAGAACCGUUCUGCAGGAAAGCAGCCAAAACCAAGAACCAUGCGCUUUUCAGCGCAAUUUGCAAAAGCCUAUUCAGCACCAUCAUUGAACAGGCUCCUUUUGCCGUGGAAGAUCUUAUGAAGGAGGUGAAAAAAGCUCAGGAGUCUGAUUCAAGGCAGGAAUCUGAGGAUGAUGACGAACAGAAAGAAGAGGAGAGAAGAAAUGGAGUCAGUAAGAGCGGACAGGGGACGCUGUUAAAAGGGAGUCAUUUGAAAACAGAAGAAGAAAUUGAUGAGGAGCUGCUUCACUUGAAGGACUCUGACUCUGAGCUGUCAGAUGAAGACUUUGGACCGGUUCUGCAGUUCAACUAUGCUGCUCUGGCAGACAAGUUGUUUGAGCUGGCGAGUCGCAGCAACACACCUGGACAUAACCGACACAAACUCUACAGAGUCAUCAAAGUGCUGCGUGAUCUCAGUGAAGGCAUAUUUCCACAGGACGAGUAUCCAGAGGAGGUUUCCACAGAUGAGGAUGAUGAUAUGUUUGGGAGCAGGAAGAGGAUGAAGCGACCAGCUCGCAAUGAGGAUGUUAAAGAGAAAGGGAUACCAGCAGGGAAGAAGAGCAAAGCUGACACGGGAAAAAAACAGAAAACACUUGACAGGCAAAGUAGCAACAUAGAACCUGUAGAUGCAUCUGUUAAUAAAAAGAAGAAAAAGAAGAAACCACACGAUCACAAUGCCGACUCAAGAUCUGCAUUACGUUCAGAAGAUUCAGUAAAACAGAGUUCAUGUUCCACUGCAGAGCCUCCAUUAGAAGUCCAGCUGCAGCCGCUCCCCCUCACCAAUGACUCUGAAUCCAUGGUGACAGACAGAGAGCAGCAGCUGACCUCUGCUACAUCAGACAUGUCCUUUGAAUUACCAUCUGUGCUCUCUGGUAACAAGGAGAAAAGGAAGAUCCUGAAAACAGAGGCUGAAAAGGAGAGGUCCGUUUCAGCAGGGGAAGUUCAUGAAGCCUCGGCCAAGAUUACUGCUGGAGCUCUUGGCAGGAGCAACAAGCAACCUGCCUGGGACAUGCAAAGGAAUGACGAUACCAUAGCAACAGAGGCCAAACAACCAGGCUGUGAUGAAGCAUUAGGAGACGAUCUAACACCUAAACUCAAGACGACAGAUGCUGCUACUUCAGCCAAGAAGAAGAGUCAGAAGAUGGAAGACACUAUUGCUGAGUCACCACCAGCAGCAAACAGGAAGAACCGUCACAAAGAAGGGAAGGGGUCUGGCAGCCCUCAGAUCACAGCUGGAAACAUGCAAUGCAUGCAGAAAAGCAUGAAAUGCGUGAAACUGUUAGCUGAUGACGGCGGUGCAGACCCAGAGCUGUCAGCAGGGGAAGCUGAGCUGAUCAGCUCUGCAGCGAAGACCAGGAAGAGGAAGAUCACUGUGGAAUUUGAGUUUGAGGCAGAUGAGUUGGAAGGAACUGCAGCAGUCAACAGCAUAUUGGCAGCAAAGAACAAGAACAAGACCAAGAAAAGCAAAGUGAACAACGUGGGAGGUGUUUGUAUUCCAGGAGAGGUCAGACGUGAUGUGGAGGCCCAGGAACUUGAUGCUGUCCACACGCUCCACCUCUUCUCCAUCUAUGAGAAGGGGAGUGUGACCCGUCCUCCUGGACCUUCUGUAGUCCACAAUGACCUCCUUGGUCUUCCCUGUGUUCAGUACUGUCCGUUAAUUUUAAACCAGAGUUUAAAAUGAACUGUGGUUGGCCCUUGGUGCGGUUUCUUUUGUGUAGUUGUAAAUAAUUGCACCAGGUGGAGGACAUGUUUGGUUCAGUUCCUGAUCAGCUGUGCUGCCGUUUAUUUAUAGUGACCUCAGAUCAACACAGCUAACAUGCGUGUUGAGCUGUACAGUAAGCCAUGUUGAGCGGCUUACCUUAGUCAGGUAUGUGUUACAUUGUGGGAUCCGGUAGAGGAAACUAAUAACAAAGAAAAAGCUUGAAGCGCUAUGUUCAGAUGAUUUUACAUGUAUCAUUAUAGAGAAACAGUAAUACGAUUACAGCCUUAGUAUCACCUACUACCUGUUCGGUUGAGGGGUUUUUCUUGUUUUUUAAACUUCUUUGUGAUUAUAUGUUAUUAAUCUCGUAUCAUCUCAUAGACACAUGACAAGUAAACAGACUGGCCUGUAUCCCUAACCCUAAGAAACAGAAUCAACAGAAAUCAUUACAGGUUAGCAAACUGACUGAUUUGGACCAGAGCAAAUCUGCUAGAGCGGAAACAUCCUCUGCUGGUGGAACAAACUCUAUGUUUUACAGAAGAUUUGUUAAAGUCUGUCAUUAAAAAAAACAAAACAUGAGUCAUUUAAUUUUCUU